AAAGAAACAAAGGCAAGAAUACGAUAGAGCAGUGUUAGUAAAGCAGAAGAAGCGCUCCCAUCCAAAAAGAAUCAAUACGGUUUUCAGUUUUCGAGCAGCAACUACGAACGAGACUCGUGGCGCGUUAUCGUCAUGGCUACACUGUUGAGAAAACUAUGCGAAUCCGCGUCGCUCAAGCGAUCGGGUUCCAAUCCGAACCCGAAUCCGAACCCAUCAUCGGAACGCGCGCCAUCUCCUCUGGGCGCCUUCGACACUCUCCCCGCCGACAUACUCAUGCAAAUCGUGCGACUCGUGGGCCCCAAACACGCCGCCAGACUCAGCCUCCUCAGCAAGUCGUGGCGAUCUCUUGUCUCCGACAACGACCUCUGGGUGCACUUUCUCCACACCCACCACCCUCACUCGGCGCUCUUCGCAGAAACCGCUCUCAGCUCCGGCUACCCUCUUCCGACCUUAUCUGCUCAGAGCUCGCCACGUGGCUCGCUCCAGCAUGUUUAUGCCCUCCGUGAACGCCUCCCUCCGUCCGUUGUUAUCGACGGGGGUUCUGGCUAUUGCAAAUUCGGUUGGAGCAAAGGCUCUUCUCCUUCUGGGCGAUUCGCGACCUUUCUGGAAUUUGGUAACGUUGAAACACCCAUGUAUACUAGACUUCGACAUUUUUUCGGAACUAUCUAUAACAGGAUGCAGGUGAAACCAAGUUCUCAACCAGCUGUUGUUUCUAUACCAAUUUGUCACUAUGAUGAUACUGAAUCAGCCAAGGCAUCAAGACAGCAGCUUAAAGAAGCAAUCUAUGCUGCCCUGUUUGACAUGAAUGUUCCUGCUGUUUGUGCUCUCAAUCAGGAAUCAAAAUAUAUUGGCAUUCCUCAUGUCUCUUGUUGUUCUGCUCUGUUUGGGACUUUAGCUCUGUAUGCUUCAAAACAAACUUCUGGGAUUGCUGUUAAUAUAGGCUUUCAAGUGACAUCCAUUGUUCCAAUUUUAAAUGGUAAAGUGAUGCGAAAAGUGGGUGUGGAAGUUGUGGGGCUGGGGGCACUAAAGCUUACUGGAUUUCUUAGAAAACAAAUGCAAGAGAACAACAUAAGUUUUGAAUCUUUAUACACUGUCCGCACUCUGAAAGAGAAGUUAUGUUAUGUUGCUGCUGACUAUGAAGCUGAGCUAUUGAAAGAUACAAAAGCAUCAUUUGAAGCUGUAGAAGGGUUGUUUACACUCUCAAAAGAGCGGUUUCAAACAGGGGAGAUAUUAUUCCAGCCACGACUUGCUGGGGUGCGAGCAAUGGGUUUGCAUCAGGCCAUCGCACUUUGUAUGGAUCACUGCUAUUCUGCAGAAUUAGCAGUUAACAACGAUUGGUACAAGACUGUUGUCUUAUCAGGGGGAACUGCCUGUUUACCUGGUUUAGCAGAAAGGUUAGAAAAGGAGCUUCAUUCGGCACUUCCUCCAUAUAUAUCCAAUGGAAUUAGAGUCAUACCUCCUCCAUUCGGCGUGGAUACUGCAUGGUUUGGUGGAACGAUUAUUGGCAGUUUGAGCACCUUUCCUGGUCCAUGGUGUACCACAAAAAAGCAAUUCCGUCAGAAGUCUAAACUUAACCGCAUUUGGUGAUUACUUGAAUCUAGAUUUUCUUUUCUAAAUGGUGUAAAUUGUAUAACAGAUGCUGUUUCAUUAUUUUACAACACGGGGCAGCAACACGAAAGAAUUUUAACUUGUAUUUUAGUAACAAUACUUGUAUACAUAUGUUUGGUAAUAGAAAACCCUUAUUGCAGCAAGUUUGGAGAAAAAGCUUCCCAGCUUUCAGUAUGUGUUGUACUAGCACCGUAUGGAGAUAUUGUUAAUGCAGUUUAACAAUUUCAAUUCA